UCUGAAUUGGCGGUGAGCGGAGCCUGAGGUCGCUGGGGACUGCCCACUGGGCCUUGCCCGAGAUGGACAGCCGGAUUCCUUAUGAUGACUACCCGGUGGUUUUCCUACCUGCCUAUGAGAAUCCUCCAGCAUGGAUUCCUCCUCAUGAGAGGGUACACCACCCAGACUACAACAAUGAGUUGACCCAGUUUCUGCCCCGAACCAUCACACUGAAGAAGCCUCCUGGAGCUCAGUUGGGAUUUAACAUCCGAGGAGGAAAGGCCUCCCAGCUAGGCAUCUUCAUCUCCAAGGUGAUUCCUGACUCUGAUGCACAUAGAGCAGGACUUCAGGAAGGGGACCAAGUUCUAGCUGUGAAUGAUGUGGAUUUCCAAGAUAUCGAGCACAGCAAGAUUAUCAUCGCCAAAAGGAGCGGACUGUGCACUAGAGUUGCAGCCCACAGCCCUUCAUGUGGACUGUACCAUGACAUGCUAACUAGACUUCAGGGGAGCUACUUCUACUUUCAGCCCUUCCCUGUAAUAGUGGAGUUGGUAGGAUGGGAGACAGCUAACCAACUGCAUUACCCAAACUGUAUUACACUUUUGGUUCCCUAGUUUUCUAGGUGAGCUUCAUUCCCUGAAAGGAGAAAGAUGAUGAUAUUUAGGCAAAACCUAGCCUGUGAGGAAUGUAGUUAGGAAAGACAACUGACAUUUAUUGAAUACCAUGUACUAGUCCCUUACACAUGUCAUAUUUUAAUUACAGAAAUCAGUAGCAAAAAGAAUCUUAGGGAUUUCCCAUCUGACUUGCCUGGCCAUCACAUCCCAUCAUUGUACUACCGGAGGUUUCAUACACUUUGGAGACUCCAAUGAGACCGUUUUUAUCCCUUCCUCCUCUUAGCCUCUCCCCCCAAAGGAAAACACAACGCUGAAGAAAA